UGGUUGGAAGAUGGGUGGAGUGAGCAGGAGGAAGAGAAAACUGAAGCUGCUGAGAGCACGAGUCUCUCAGGAGGAACAGGUACAUGGAGCAGGAUAUGAAGAGGACAGAAGCAGAAAUUCUUGUAAAAGAGUUGUUUUGAUCAUCUCAGGAAGGACCUGUGUCUAUUCAGCUCAGUGCAUUGCCAUGGGAGAUGGAAAGAGAGGACACUUGAGAAUGUACUGAGAGGCACUGAGACUCUACAGGUGCAGUUCUUUGUUGUAUACACCUGUGUGAAGGAGACCGGAGGAGGAACAUUUACAAAGUGACAAAGAAAAUCCCUGUUUAGAGGGAGAACGUCACUGAGAAGCCAAGGGAGGGCCUCAACUACUAUUACAACACCACUACACUGCGUAAGGAUGAUUGUGGGUCUUUUUUAAUGGUGAAUUCCUGACAAUUGCUGCACUAAAGUUAGGCCAGUCAUACUGACAAGGCACACACCACUGACCAUGCAGCCGGCUGGACUAGAACAGGACGACUGCUUUGAUUUCUUGUUCAAGAUUAUCCUGAUUGGAGACACAAAUGUAGGCAAAACCUGUGUGGUUCAGAACUUUAAGACUGGAAUCUUCUCAGAGAGGCAACAGAACACCAUUGGAGUUGACUUCACUGUGCGGACUCUCAAUAUAGAGGGCAAAAAAGUAAAGAUGCAGGUUUGGGACACUGCAGGGCAGGAGCGGUUCCGUACCAUCACCCAGAGUUACUACCGCAGUGCACAUGGAGCCAUGAUCGCCUACGACAUCACCCGCAAGGCCACCUUUGACUCCAUCCCACAUUGGAUCAACGAAGUGGAGAAGUACGGGGCCGCCAACGUCCUUCUAGCCCUGAUAGGUAACAAAUGUGACCUGGAGUCUGAAAGACAGGUUCACUUCGAUGAGGCCUGCUCUUUGGCAAAGGAGAGAGGGAUUUUAGUAGCUCUUGAAACCUCAGCAAAGGAGAGCCAGAACGUAGAGGAAGCUUUUGUGAUGAUGGCCCGCGAGCUGCUGGCACGGAACGGACUGGCAGUGAAAGAGGACGAUUCUCAGGUCAAUUCACCACGUAUCCUACUGCGCUCCAGCUCCAGGCCCAUUAACUGUCCCACACAACCCCCUGCGAAAAAGGGGUGCGAGUGCUAACACACGGAAAGACUCUAAAAUGAGAGACUUUUGCAGAACUUAGCCAACAUGUUACAUUUUCCAUUGAGCAUCUAAAAGGUUGAUCGAUCAGUAUGGAAGUGGUAACAGUGACUUCUCAGUGGCUGCAUGCCUACAGCAUCUGUAGUACUGGGUUGAAACUGUGAGUGUAAUCCUUUUAUGGUGAUUGGUCAGUUUUUGCCAGUUAAAGCUUAUGAAUGAUACAACAUCUUAUUUUGAAAAACAAGAUUCUUUUAUCUGACCAGUCAAACCUGAAAAUAUGACAGAAGUCACCUAUGGGAUGAUCUACUGUAUAGUCAGCAGCCACUUUAUUAGAAACCGCUACCUUGUUGGUGCACAGUUAGAGACUGUUGUGUUAGCUGUCCUCUUGCCCUUCAUCAAUGGUCAGUUUCUGACCACAGAGCUGCUCUUCGCUGGAUAUUUUUGGGUAGUGGACCACUCUUAGCCUAGCAGUGACACUGAAAUGUUGGUCACACAAUGGUCCACCACUCAAAUAAUAUCCUGUGGUCAGAAACUGACCAGUGAUGAAUAGGUUUGAGUGCUGUGGGGGGCAAAUCGUGCUCAACAACAAAUGGGCUACAGUCUGUAACUGUACGCUUACAUCGUAGACAUACAGUCAUGUACAAAUGUUUGAAUGUGUUUUUUUCUAAGCGAUAUUCUUUCCAAGGAACAAACUUAAAUGAGGCAUUUUUCUGCGA